GCGCCGCUGAGCGCACGCUCAGAGCAGACAGCUCGCAGGAGGCAGGAGAUGAUGGUCUAAGACCCGGAGGCCUGAGAGGGGGGGAAAGGUAGUCACGGAGGCACAGCUACGGGAGGUGGAGGAUCCUGGAGGUGACAGCAAGGAGAGUACGCAAUGGCGUGGGGCGGCUGAAGCGGGCCCGACGGCUUCGGUGUGGACGCCGGGUGGGUGGGAGACGGGCCCCGCCGGGUCGGGAGGUGCCAUGUCUCGAGAGCGGCCCCCCCGAACCGACAUCCCCCGCAACCUGAGCUUCACUGCCGCGCUGACAGAGCGCGCCUACUACCGCAGCCAGCGGCCCAGACUCGAGGAGGAGCCGCAGGAGGAGCUAGGCGAGGGCGGGACGCGCCUCGGGGCCCGAUCCCGCGCUCACGCUCCCAGUCGAGGCCGCCGGGCCCGCUCUGCGCCGGCUGGAGGCGGCGGCGUCCGGGCGCCCCGCAGUCGCAGCCCGGACACCCGCAAGAGAGUGCGUUUCGCCGACGCGCUGGGGCUGGAGCUGGCCGCCGUGCGCCGCUUCCGCCCCGGAGAGCUGCCCCGGGUGCCCCGCCACGUGCAGGUGCAGCUGCAGAGGGACGCCCUCCGGCACUUCACCCUGUGCCAGCCCCGCGCUCGCGGCCUCCAGGAGGCGCGCGCCGCCCUGGAGCCGGCCAGCGAGCCCGGCUUCGCCGCCCGCUUGCAGGCGCAGCGCAUCUGCCUGGAACGCGCCGAGGCGGGCCCGCUGGGCGUGGCCGGGAGCGCGCGCGUGCUGGACCUGGCCUACGAGAAGCGCGUGAGCGUGCGCUGGAGCGCCGACGGCUGGCGGAGCCAACGAGAGGCGCCCGCCGCCUACGCCGGCCCGGCCCCGCCCCCGCCGCGCGCCGACCGCUUCGCCUUCCGCCUGCCUGCGCCGCCUAUUGGGGGCGCCCUGCUUUUCGCCUUGCGCUACCGCGUCACCGGCCGCGAGUUCUGGGACAACAACGGCGGCCGUGACUAUGCUCUCCGUGGGCCCGAGCACCCGGGCAGUGGCGGAGCCCCGGAGCCCCAGGGCUGGAUCCACUUUAUCUGAGACGCCUGCGGCGGACGGCGGAAAAACCAAAGGCAGCCGGGGGCUGGGGGAGCCUGAAGAUGUGGCGGGGAGGAAUGGGAGAAACCGAGAUUGGCGGGGAGCUGUCCGAGAGAGUCAAGUGGAGGAGGGCGAGGAGGAUGGGAGAAAUCCAAGGGGUGUGGGGCGUGGGCGGAAUCAACGAAGGUCGGGAAGACUGGGGUGGGAAACGCUAGUUGGAUGUGAGUGGACGGAGCCAGGACUUAGGAGGAAGAAGACCGGAAAGGGCGCUGGGAGAUUAGAAAAAAGCAGAAUAGGGAUGAUGAUGACUUCCUCUUCCAGAAGUGGGCACUGGGAGAGGGUGCCUGGGUUCGUCAGGCCUAGGCAUUCGAAGCUUAAGGUACCUCUUUGGGAUUGAGGAGGUAUUUUGGGUGAAGUAGGAGCCCACCCCGGUGAAGUCAUUUAGAUUGCUGGCUCAUUCCCUCUUACCGCAUUUGCCACCUCAGGUCCCCCAGCCCUGCCCAUCCCUGCUGUAACUCAGCCGUAAUUGCCUUGCUUAGGUUCUAGGAACUUGGCCAUUGCUCCCAGUCCCUGGCAUUAUGAUAGGAUUCCCUUGUCACCCCUGAUGGUCCCUGGCCUCAGUCUCCGGGGACUGCCUGGGGAGUGAGAGCAGGUAGCAGUCAGAGCUCCUUCCUCCAACCUCCAGGCAGCCCUGGGGAUUAAAAUGAAGGCAAAACCAACUCCAGGCCUGUUCUUGGGGCCAAAUAAUGCAGCUCCUAAGAGGCUGGUACACUCAGGGGCUUCCAGAAAAAUGCCUGUCUUGCCUUUCUGGGGUGCCUUCUAAUGACCUCUAAGCACUUUAUGGACUGUAUUUGAAAAGGGACAGUGAAUCACGAGAAUCACUAUUCUGAUUCUUUCUGCCUCAGAAGAAAAGGAAGUCAUUCACUAGCUGCAUAACUUUGGGCAAGUUGCCUCACUUGGAACUUGUCCCAGUUUCCUCCUUGGAAAAUUGGAUUUGGAUUAGGUGAUCUCUUAGGGCCCCUUCUUGCUUUGACAUUUUAUGCUCUGUGAGUGGCAGAGUGUGGACUGAAGCCACACUCUCCAACCUACAGUUUGAGUGCUACAGUUCAGAACACACAGCACACCCAGUGUCUGAGGAUGGGUCCUGCAGUUUUUGACACAGAUGUUCCAGAGCCUAGGAAGCAUCCCAUAGUCAGCCUGCAUCCUCAGGGUAUUCCAGGGCCUCUUUCAAGCCACAGUUCAACUUCUGUCUCUUGCUUUUUGCUCUUGCCCUACAGACUUCCAGCCUGGGUGCUCUGAGACAACUUGGGGGAGGUGUCUCUUGGAGAAAAUGAUGCUUGGGAGCCCCAAAGAUGAAAGGAAACAAUGUUGCGGGCUCUCUUGAGGAUAAAGGACUGUGGGUAUAAGAAAUGGAAAACAUUUCAAAUCAAGAAUCAGGCCGGCCUGGUGGGGUAGUGGUUAAGUUCGUGUGCCCCACUUUGGCAGCCCAGGGUUUGCAGGUUCGGAUCCUGGGCUCGGACCUAUGCAUCGCUUAUCAAGCCACGCUGUCGCAGGCAUCCCACGUAUAAAGUAGAGGAAGAUGGGCAUGGAUGUUAGCCCAGAGUCAAUCUUCCUCAGCAAAUAGAGGAGGAUUAGCGACAGAUGUUAGCUCAGGGCUAAUCUUCCUAACCAAAAAAAAGAAAGAAAGAAAGCAACUUGAAAAUUAAAUGGCACCAGAAGAUGGCAGUAUGCUCCAUACCCUGAAUGAGUGAAAUAGGAAAGCUGGACUCUUGUACCCAUUCACAUUCAUGCCUUAAGUCGCUCCUCCUGGUUAACCUCUGCUGGUUGUUUUUCCUUUCCUCUUACUCUAUUCCUAAGCUCUGCUUUUCUCUUUCCUUGUCCCUCUUUCUCAUCACUUUCAUUUUUAUUUUAGCAUAUUGGGUAUUUACCUUCCUUUUCUCGAUUUCCAUUUGCCUCCCUCUUCAUCCUUGUUGAUCUCUGCUAUUCCUUCUCCCUCCAGAAGGGGUGGAGAACCUACUUCCUUUUCGCCAAGACCAUGGUUGGUCCACCUUCCUCUCUCAGGCUCCUUCUUGACAGUCUUCUAGAAGGGAG